GCCUUUUCCAAUUUAGCCUUUUCGAGUAUGAGGUCUUGUUUCCAUUUAUAGCCUCCUUCUUCUUCUUAACAUCAUGACACUCUUUUCUAAAUUCACAAAGAAUCAUUCUGAAAAGUCUAUUUAUCCUUGGUCACAACGUAGAUUAGGAGGAAACAGUCAUGCUUUACCGAGAUCAGGUCAUGCGGCCACUAUGAUUGACAACCAACACUUUAUUGUGUUUGGUGGAACAGGUCGAAGCAAAAAGAACUUGUUCAUGAUCAAUACAAGUAAGACAAUAUCUAUUCAGUCCUUCGUAUUGACUCCUUCAAGAUAAUACGUCUGCCCAUGCACUCUCUUCUUCAGGUGAUAUACCUCCUUCAAGAAUGGCUUGUACCUUGAAUUCAAUGGAUGGAUUUAUACUCUUAUAUGGUGGUGAACCUAAGAUUCCUGGUGAAUUAUGGGAUCCUCAUUUUUAUGUCAUGCAUACAAAUACACGUCAAUGGUCAAGAGUAAGAACCAAAGGAAGACUACCUAUCGAAAGAGCAGGACAUACAACAUGCAUCUCAGACGAUGGCAUAAUGUAUGUCUGGGGAGGACAUUAUCAGCGAAAAUACUUGAAUGAUUUAUGUCUCUUCCAUGUCAAAGAAUAUCCUUCCAAGGCAGAAUGGGAAUUCAUAGACUAUCAAAGUCAAGCACCUUCAGCGAGAUCAGGUCAUGUGGCUGUCAUUCAUAACCAUAGACUUUACAUAUUUGGUGGUAUCAACACACAGGGCUUAUUGAACGACAUUUGGUAUUUUGAUCUUAUGACACAUGUAUGGCAUCCUAUUUCAGCUGUAGGCUAUAUACCCACACCUAGAGAAAGUUGUGCAGCUGCUUUAGUCGAUGAUACCAUCUAUAUCUUUGGUGGCAGAGGCAUUCAUGGCACACUCUGUGGCGAUCUAUGUGCAUUCCGUAUCAAGAGUCAACGAUGGUACAUGUUUCAAAGUAUGGGUAUCCCUCCUUCGCCUCGUUUUGGACUCACAUUGACUGCUAUUCAGAAAAAGAUUUAUGUGUUUGGAGGUGAAUCGAUAGGUAAAGCAGACGAUAGCCUGUCUCUUUUUGUUCUUGACUGCACCAAGAUAAAAUAUCCUCCUGAACCAGAACCUUCUGAAAGCGAAAAACAAGAGCGUGUGAUAAAAGAAGAGCCUUCCAUCCAUCUGGAUGAACAGAGACAAACCCCUCCUUUACGUCCAUCACGAGAAGGAGCAGGUUUAGAUAGACGAGAGCCUUCUCUGAAACUUAAACGAGACAUACACCCUAGGAUACCACCUACUAUUCAACUACCAGCGCCAUCUCACCUUGACCCUGAAGAAAAAAAGAGAUUGUUGCAUGAACUUGCUUUACGUGAUACCAUGAUCACAGAAAUGAAAAAGAAAGAACAAUGGUGGCGUACUGAAGUCUCUCUUGCUCGUUUUGAACAGAACAAGAUCGAUGACCAGGAAUCCAAGUCAGCUUGUCUUAUACAGUUUGAUACCACAGACAAGCUAGUGCUUUUCCAGCAGCUCGUCAACAUCAAGACCGAAAUCAAAAAGAUGAAAAGCAGUACCACUAAGCAAAUAGAACCCAUUGUACAGAAAAUUGAACAAACAGAACAUAUUCGUAUGGCUGCAUUAGAAGAAGCAGCGUAUUAUAAAGCCACUUACAUUGCACUUAAAUCACAUGACCACAAAGCAUUGGAUCUGCUUGAGUCCGAAAGAACCGUUUUGUUAGAAGCACGAUUAAGAGAAGCAGAGCAAGAAGGGAACAGACAGCGUGAGACAUUGGCUCAAGUAAAACAGCUGUCUCAACAAGCGACAUUGGCCAGAGCCAUGGCUGAGGAACAAGCGACAAAAGCACAGAUACAAUCAGAAGAAGCCCAGGAGGCUCAUCAGACUAUACUCGAACAACUUACGGUGCUUUAUGACAAGAUGAUGAAAGCAGAGACACAAGCAAGACAAGAUGCAAUUCAAAUAGCUCAUCUCUCCAAUCAAUUGGCUAGCCGUGUCUCUGUUCAACAAAGUCCAGAUCUAUCUCAGCUAUCGAUGGAGAUGGGACGUUUAGAGACCGCCAAUAUUAAACAACGCAAUGAAAUGGCUAGUUUACUGACUCAAUUAGAACAAGCAAAAGAUGAAGAGAUUCGUCUACGCAUACUACUGAAUGAGAAAGAUCAAGAUUAUGCAGAAGCUGUGCUUGCAUUAGAACAGUUGUGUAUCGAAAUUGAAUUACUCAAGAAUGUCUCGCAUGAAUAA